CAAGGAAAUCUAAUUCAAUGCCAUUAUGAUUGCCAAAUUGUCAAGGAGUAAAAGGGGCAGUAGUAGCACUGAUAGCAAAUUGGUAUUGGUUUAUUAUUGUCACUUGUACUGAGGUACAGUGAAAAGCUUGUCUUGCAUACCGAUUGUACAGGUCAAUUCAUUACACAGUGCAGUUACAUUGGGUUAGUACAGAAUGUAUCGAUGUAGUACAGGUAAAAAUAGUAACAGUACAGAGUAAAGUGUCACAGCUACAGAGAAAGUGCAGUGCAAUAAGGUGCAAGGUCACAACAAGGUAGAUCGUGAGAUCAGAGUCCAUCUCAUUGUAUAAGGGAACUGUUCAAUAGUCUUAUCACAGUGGGGUAGAAGCUGUCCUUAAGUCUGGUGGUACGUGCUCUCAGGCUUUUGUAUCUUCUACCCGAUGGAAGAGGAGAGAAGAGAGAAUGUCCUGGGUUGGUGGGGUCUUCGAUUAUGCUGGCUGCUACAUCAAGACAGUGAGAGGUAAAGACAGAGUCCAAGGAGGGGAGGCUGGUGUCCAUGAUGUGCUGGGCUGUGUCCACAACUCUCUGAAGUUUCUUAUGGUCCUGGGCAGAGCAGUUGCCAUACCAAGCCCUGAUGCAUCCAGGUAGGAUGUUUUCUAUAGUGCAUCGAUACAAGUUGGUGAGAGUCAAAGGGGACGAACCGAAUUUCUUUAGCCUCCUGAGGAAGUAGAGGCACUGGUGAGCUUUCUUGGCCAUGGCAUCUACAUGAUUUGACCAGGACAGGCUGUUGGUGAUGUUCACUCCCAGGAACUUGAAGCUCUCAACCCUCUCGACCUCAGUACCAUUGAUGUAGACAGGUGCAUGUACACCGCCCCCCUUUCCUGAAGUCAAUGAUCAGCCCUUUCAUUUGUUGACAUUGAGGGAAAGGUUGUUGUCAUGACACCAUUCCACUAAGCUCUCUAUCUCCUUCUUGUACUCUGACUCAUCACUGUUUGAGAUACAGCCUACAACGGUGGUAUCAUCUGCAAACUUGUAGAUGGAGUUGUAGCAGAAUCUGGCCACACAGUCAUGAGUGUAUAGGGAGUAGAGUAGAGGGCUGAGGAUGCAGCCUUGUGGGACACCAGUGUUGAGAAUAAUCGUGCUGGAGGUGUUGCUGCCUAUCCUCACUGAUUGGUGUCUGUUUGUUAGAAAGUCGAGGAUCCAGUUAUAGAGGAAGGUGUUGAGUCCUGGGUCUCAGAGUUGGGUGACAAGUUUGCUUGGGGUUAUUGUAUUGCAGGCAGAGCUGUAGUCAAUAAACAAUAGUCUAACGUAUGUGUCUUUGCUGUCCAGAUGCUUCAGAGCUAAGUGUAGAGCCAGAAAGAUGGCGUCCGCUGUAGACCUGUUUCGGCGAUAAGCGAAUUGCAGUGGGUCAAGAUUGUCUGGGAGGCUGGAGUUGAUGUGUGCCAUGACCAGCGUCUCAACGCACUUCAUGAUGGUGGACGUCAGAGCCACUGGUCGGUAGUCACUGAGGCAUCUUUCAAGAUGACUUCAGCAGACUCUAAUAAUGCUGAAUGCAUAUUAGGGCUCAAUAACUCGGCCUCGUGUGACAUGAAGAACAAUGAAUAUUCUCCCAUUGUUUUAGAAGAGCAAGAAAAGAAACCAUUUGAUAUGAAGAAGUUUGCAGUGAAAAGACUGAAGGAGUAUUUCUCUUGUACCCCAACAAAAACAAAAGACUUCCUUGUUGAUUUAUUUCCUAUAGUACAAUGGUUUCCAAAGUAUAAAUGGAAGAAAUGGAUUCUGGGGGAUAUUAUGUCUGGGCUGAUUGUAGGUAUCCUGCUGGUUCCUCAGUCAAUAGCCUAUUCAUUGCUUGCUGGGCAGGAACCAGUAUAUGGGCUUUAUACUUCAUUCUUUGCCUGCAUCAUUUACUUUCUGAUGGGAACAUCAAGGCAUAUUUCAGUUGGUAUUUUUGGUGUGCUUUGCUUAAUGAUUGGCCAGGUAGUGGAACGAGAGCUGCAGAUUGCUGGUUUUGACCUCUUUGAUGACACUAAUAGCACUAAUCUGUUCAACCAGUCUGCAAGUGUUUGUGGCAGAAGCUGUUUUGCCAUUCGUGUUGGCUCAACUUUGACUUUCAUGGCUGGAGUGUACCAGGUGGCCAUGGGCAUCUUCCAAGUUGGAUUUAUAUCGGUGUAUCUGUCUGAUUCCUUGCUUAGUGGAUUUGCCACUGGAGCCUCAUUCACCAUAAUCACCUCACAAAUUAAGUACCUUCUUGGGAUCCGUAUUCCACGUGCCAAUGCUCCUGGUUCACUCGUGAAAACUUGGUUGUCCAUUUUUAAAAACAUCCAUGAGACUAAUAUCUGUGAUCUUGUAACCAGCAUAUUGUGUCUUCUGGUUUUAGUGCCUAUGAAAGAGAUAAAUGAAUGGUAUAAACCAAAGUUGAAAGCACCGAUUCCAGGUGAACUUCUGGUUGUAGUUGUCGCUACCUUGAUCUCGCAUUAUGGACAAUUGAAUGCAAAGUUUAAUUCUACUAUUGCUGGAAAUAUACCCACUGGAUUCAUGGCUCCCAGCCCUCCAGACUGGAGCCUUGUACCUCGAAUUGCUGUUGAUGCCAUUCCAAUUGCCAUCAUUGGCUUUGCAAUCACAGUUACUCUGUCAGAAAUGUUUGCCAAGAAGCAUGGAUACACUGUGAAAGCAAAUCAAGAAAUGUUUGCUAUUGGUGCCUGUAACGUGAUCCCAGCAUUCUUUCAUUGCUUUACAUCCAGUGCAGCCCUGGCCAAAUCUCUUGUUAAAGAGUCCACAGGUUGCAAGACACAGUUAUCAAGUUUAGUCACUGCAUUGGUGCUUCUCCUUGUGCUGCUUGUGAUUGCUCCACUUUUCUACUCCCUUCAGAAAUGCGUCUUGGCUGUCAUAAUCAUUGUAAAUCUCAGAGGUGCUUUAAGAAAAUUUAUUGAGUUACCCAAAAUGUGGAAGGUGAGCAAGGUAGAUACUGUUGUGUGGUUUGUUACAAUGCUAGCAACAGCCCUCGUUAGCACAGAGUUGGGACUGUUGAUUGGGGUUUGUUUCUCUGUGAUUUGUGUAGUUGCACGAACGCAAGUGCCAAGAGCCACUGUACUUGGAAAUUUGAAGGGGACAGAAAUAUAUGAAGACUUGAGGAGGUAUAAAAAUUUGCAAGAGUUGCCAGGUAUCAAGAUUUUUAGAUUUGAGGCUCCAUUAUACUAUGCAAACAAGGAAUUGUUUAAGAGGUCCCUGUAUAAACAGACAGGAAUUAAUCCCACUCUGGUAAUACUAGAAAGGAAAAAAGCUGAAAAGAAAAACAAUCAGGAACUGAGACAAAAUUCGACAGCACAUUCUCUUGCUAUAGCAAAGUCUGAGGUUACACUACAGCUGUCCUGCCAGGAGUUUGAUAUCCAUACCAUUGUCAUUGAUUGCUCAGUUAUUCAAUUCUUAGAUACUGCAGGGGUAGCUACAAUAAAGGAAGUCUUUAAAGAUUACAAGGAGAUCGGAAUCUUGGUUCUUCUCUCAAACUGUAAUGCUUCUAUCAUUGAUAGUCUUUGCAAUGUGGAGUAUUUUGAUAAUGGUCACAUCAAAGGGUUGUUAUUUUACAGUGUUCAUGAUGCUGUCAAGUUUGCUUCAAAUGUACACCAAAAAAAUGGUGGCUAUGAAGCAAAUACUCCAUGUUAAUGUUCACUUAUGGGUCUUUGAUUAAAAAAAUAAGAAAACUGCACAACAUUAAUAGCUUGAGAAACAAGUUGUUUGAAACAAACCUGAAAUCAUUCCCUAUUUUAUCAAAUAAUUUUAUGUGCAUUCAUAGAAUGUUUUUAUGUGUAUGUGUACAUUUCUAAUCAUGGAUAUGCUUUUUAAAAUGGAAUUUAAAAAUUGCAAAGACAUAUCAAUAUUAUUACUAGAACUGUGUUUAAAUUAACCUCAAUUUGGGUGUCAUUUUCUGUUGAUGAAUGAUAUGCUUGGCCUUUAAACACUUUAAUGUCAAAAGUUUAGUAUGUUUAGAAAUAUUUUUUCUCUAGGAUGUUAAUUAGAGAAGUAGAUUUUAUAAAAGAUGUUUCAUCAAAAAAUGCUUUACGGUGGAUUUUACUGAACUGUCUUUUUGACCAGGUUCAAUUAGAGAAAUUAAUUUUGUAUUUUACCUUUUAACAUGUCUUAUUAUACCUUGAAAGUUUUGUUUGAGAAUGGAAUAAUUGGUUUAAUCAUAUUUGGACUUUAAACCAGAAUUUGCUGAUUUAAUACAAACCUAAAAUGAACCAAAACCUUCUGCCAGUGGUGAGCCACCAACGUUGCUGAUAAUUUGCAUAGCAAGUUUGAACUUGCUUUUUGCUUUUUCACAAGUAUCAACUUAUAGCUAAGUGCUAAGUGCGGGGAUCUAGUCAUCAGUGUUUGGGCUCUUCCCUGGCAGUUGGGCCUUGCACAUGUAAACCCUUUGGGUUGGGGAUUUUACUGUUCCCAAAAAAAAAGUGCUGGAAAAAGCCUUUGAACAUCAAGAUAGCUGACUGACAAACCACUUAAAACUAUUAAUUUUUCUGAGUGACUCAAAAUAAUAAAAAUUAAGCUAGAACACUUAACUCACUUAAUUUAAAAAAAAGACCCUGAUUUUAUUAGCAAAUCACCCCUCUCCCAAACUUGCUUAAUGUGAUCCUGAAGACCAUGAACGGUGACAGUACCAUGAUGUACUAUAGAAGUCCUAUCCAUGAAAUUAUACUGAUGGAUUUUUAUAGCCAGCAAAGCUCCCAAAUUUGUGACAUUUUAAAGAUUUCUAAUUUUUUUUUAUCAGUUUAAUAAAACAAAAGUUACUUAAAAAUUAAAAAUCAACCAAAGCUGUCAAACACAAUUUAAGUCAUAAAGGUCAUAAAGCAGCCAUUUUUUUAAACAAGGAACUGGGUUUAUUUUUCCCCACAAUCCUACACUCCCGCAAGGAAGCACAGUCGGGAAAUGAGUGGCAAAGUUCAGCCGUAAAUUUGGUACUGUUGUGUGUGCAAAGCCAUCUCAAAACUUACCUUGCAUUAAAAAUGCUGGUAGUUUGUUGCAAUGCUACCAGCAUUUCCCAAAUAUAUUGGGCUGAUUUUUUUUCUCUCCCAGGGAAGUGUAAAUUUAAGUACAGUAGCACAUCUCCGUCUAUCAUUAGAAACCAUUUCUCCUCAAUACAAACCAACAUUUUCCUCAAGUUUAAAUUGAAAAAUGUCGGUUUACCCAAUUCAAUCAAAGUUAAUAGUUUAUAAUGUAUAGAUGUACAUUGCUGUAAUGGCUGACUUGUAAAUUAUCAUUCAACAAUUUAGAAAAUUGCAGAUUCAUCACUAUGUUUUUACUUUAUUAGUUUUCCUGUCAUUUCAUUUUUUUUUAGGGGAGACAACAACAUUCCAGCUUCAGAAUUAGCCAUACCUCUAAAUAAGGUGUUCUAAUACAGUUGCAAAACUAGCAUCAACCUGAUAAUGUAGAUAUUUGCCCAGGUAAGACCUCUCGUGAACAGCAGGACAAAUCCAAUCUGGCUAAUUAUUACAUUCAUCACUAUGUUGCUAUUCUAUCAGUUUUCCUGUCAUUUCUAUUGGGAUGGUUCUUGUAAAAAAAAACAUAUUUUGUUGAAUUUUUUUUAAAGAAAAUGUGUAUAGAACUACGUAACAAUGGUAAAUUGUAGUUUUGUUCUCAAUUGCAGAUGGUUUAGCACUCUGCAACUUGAAUAAUAGUUGUUAUUAUGAAGGAAUAUGAAACUACUUACAAAAAUAUUUUAAGAUGUUUUAUUGAAAAGCAAAACUAUUAGUUUGAUAUUUUCAAUUUGAAAGUAGUUAUUGACAGCAAAAGUAUUUAUUUAAAUCCAUUUUUCUGAUAAUUCAUCAAUGUGGAUUCAAGGUGAUGGCACGCACACCUAGUAAAUAUGUUGUAAGAAGGUGCCAAAAAUUGAUGAAAUUUACAUCUUGGACAUGGUGGAAUAUCUUGUAGUACUGCUGAUUUAUGAAAAUAGGAUUAUUUUAAUUUCUAUUGGAUAAUGAAAUAAGUUUUGAUAAAAUCCCCAUAACAGUUGAAAAUCUUAUUUCAUAAUGGAAAUAUUCUCAUUAGAAUUGUUCUGUUUAUGUGUAAAUACUUUUUUUAAAAAAAAUUAAUUAUUCCUUGUGCCUUUCUACAAAUUGAAUUUAUAAAAAGAAUGAAGAGAAAAAUGAGCAUUUAUGUAAGCAAUUAAACAUAAAUGCUGUAAUUUUAAAGUACUGACAAAUUGUUGCACUUUCAGAACUCCUAUCCAUUUUAACCAUAGAAGAAAACUUCACAGAGUAAAACAGAAAAUUGUAUAUUUUCAGCCAUAAUCUUUCUAUUUUAACCACUUCUUUUGAAGGGGGGAUCUAAACAAUUGAAAUUAUCUACUAUUAUGAUAUAAUUUUAAUUAUGCCACAUGGCCUUUUUGCAGUAUAAAGAAAUAAUAUUUUAUAUUAAUAUACAUUUUGAUACAAUUACAAAAGUGUUUAGAACCCUUUUAACACUUACUUUUCACCUCCAGAAUUCAAAUUCUGGUGCAAAUUUCUAAGUAACACGUACAGGGUACCUUGUUAAAAUUUACAGUUUCAGACAUGAUAUCUUGCAAAAUGUUGCUGCACAUUUUAGUAAUGUAGCAAAUUAUAUAUUUCACAGGAGGCCAUUUGGCUUAUUAUGUCCGCACUAGUAGGUGGAGGCUAAAAACUCCCCAUCCUAAUCCCUUUCAGUGCUAUAUCUGUAGCCCUGCAGUUCAUGGUGCUUCAUGUACACGUCAAAUACUUUUCAAAUGUGAUCAGCAUUAUUGUCUGUACCACCCACUUUUGGGCAGCAAGUUCCCAAUUCCUAUCUCCCUCUGGGUGAAAAAUACUUCUUCAUCAUCUCACCACCUAAUGCUUCUACCAAUUGCAUUAAAUCAAUAUCUCUAAGUUUUUUUUUAAAUCAUUUGCAGGGGUAAACUCUAUUUAAGUCACCUCAUAAUUUUGUACACUUCAACUGCGCUCCCUAGUCUGAUGUUUCAAAGAAAAUGGCACUAGCCUGAGAACCUUUCCUACUAGAAUAAAUCACUUGUGCACCCUCUUCAUGUAGUCACGUUCUUCCUAUAAUGUUGGUGCAACUGUACUUAGUACCCAAGCUUGUGGUAUAAUUAGUGAGCUUAUUCUAACACAGGAUUUGUUAAAAUAUCUAACUUUAUCACAUCCUCCCUACCCAGCUCACUUUUUUGAUCCCCAAAAGGCCAUUUUCCUCACUUCUGGCACUUUGUGUUUGCGUUUUUGGGAGAAAACAACAUUCCUGCUGUACUACAGAGACCGGCACUCCAGAAUUACCCAUGCCUCUAACUAAGCUGUUCUAGUACCGUUACAAUACUAACAUCAACCUGACAAUGUGGAAAAUUGCCCAGGUGAGACCAGUUAUGUCUAAUGUUUGGAGUGUCAGAUGUGGGGACCCUGGGAGACUACCAGACUCCCCGAUAACUACAUCUGCACAAAGUGCACCGAGAUGCGGCUCCUCGAGGAACAGGUUGAGAGUCUGGAGGAGCAGCAGCUCGAUGACCUUCGGCUGAUUAGGGAGAGCGAGCAGGAAAUAGUCAGGAGUUAUAAAGAGUUUGUAGGGAAUACCUCUGUGGUGGUCCCCCUUGAAAAUCGGUAUCUCAUUUUAGAUUCUGUUGGAGAGGAUGACCUGACAGAGGAAGACCACGGCAACCGGGACCUUGGCACUGUGCCUGGUACUGUGGUCCAGCAGGGAAAGAGAAAUGCAGUGGUUAUUGGGGAUUCUAUAGUGAGGGGUACAGAUAACAGAUUCUGCGAAACCGACAAUGAAUCUCGGAUGGUGUGCUGCCUCCCUGGUGCCAGGGUAUGGGAUGUCACGGACCGGGUGCAGAAUAUUCUGAGGGGAGAGGGUGAUCAGCCAGAAGUCUUGGUACAUGUAGGUACCAAUGACAUAGGUAGAAAAAGAGAAGAGAUCCUGAAGGAGGAAUACAAGGAGUUAGGGAGAAAGUUGAGAAGUAGGACCUCAAGGGUGGUAAUUUCAGGCUUACUACCUGUGCCACGUGCCAAUGGUAGAAAGAAUAGAAAGAUCUGGCAGAUGAAGGCGUGGCUGAGUGACUGAUGCAGGGGGCAGGACUUCAGAUUUCUGGAUCAUUGGGACCUUUUUUUGGGGUGGCAUGACCUAUUCGCUAAGGAUGGGUUGCACCUAAACUCCAAAGGGUCCAAUAUCCUGGCAGGAAUGUUUAAUUUAGCUGUUGGGGAGGGUUUAAACUAAUCUGGCAGGGGGAUGGAAACCAGGAUGUUAGGAUACAAGAUGUUAGGGUAAGGGAGGAAGUUUAUAGAAACAAGUCCAAGACAGUGUGCAGUGAGGAUGGCAAGAAGGACAGGCAGGUGAGAAGUCAGGAUAAUUUGCUGAAUAAUAGAAGUACAACAAAAUCAAUAGCAGAUACUGGACUAAAUGUACUAUAUUUAAAUGCAUGUAGCAUUAGGAAUAAAGUAGAUGACCUAGUGGCACAACUACAGGUUAAUAAAUAUGACAUUGUGGCAAUCACCGAGUCAUGGCUUUAUGAUGGAUGUGAUUGGGAACUGAAUGUCCAGGGGUACACAGUGUAUAGGAAGGAUAGGCGGGUAGGCAGAAGCGGAGGUGUGGCCAUGAUGGUUAGUAAUGACAUAAAAUCAAUAGAAAGGAAGGACAUUGGGUCAGAAGAGGCAGAAUCCUUAUGGAUGGAGCUAAGAAAUAGCAAGGGUAAAAGGACAAUAGUAGCAGUUAUAUAUAGACCCCCAGAUAGCAGUCAGGAAGUGGACGAUAAGUUGCAGUUUGAAAUAGAAAAAGCGUGCUAGAGUGACAAUGUGAAGAUAAUUAUGGGGGAUUUUAACAUGAAGGUGGACUGGGAAAUCCAGCAAAGCAGUAGAUCUCAGGAGAGUGAGUUUGUGGAACGUCUGCAGGAUGGUUUUUUGGAGCAACUUGUUGAUGAGCCCACCAGGGGAUUGGCUGUUUUGGAUUGGGUGCUGUGUAAUGAACUGGAGGUGAUUAGGGAACUAAAGGUAAAGGAACCAUUGGGAACCAGUGAUCACAAUAUGAUUGAGUUCAGUUUCAAAUUUUAGAAGGAGAAGCUGAUAACUGGUGUAUCGAUAUUUCAGUGGAACAAAGGAAAUUACAGUGGUAUGAGAGAGGAGUUGGCCCAAAUUGAUUGGAAGAGUAAGCUAGCUGGAGGGACAGUGGAGCAGAAAUGGAAGGAAUUUCUACAAGUAAUAAGGAAAAUGCAGGAUAGAUAUAUUCCAAGAAAAAAGAAGGUUUUGAAUGGAAAAAAGGCACAAAUGUGGAUAACGAGAGAGGUGAAGGAUAAAAUAAAAGCAAAAGGGAGGGCAUAUAAGGAAGCAAAAAUUAGUGGGAAAACAGAAGACUGGGAAACUUUUAAAAACCUGCAGAAAGAAACUAAGAAGGUCGUUAGAAAGAAAAGAUGAAUUACAAAAGGAAGUUGGCAGAUAACAUUCAAAAGGAUACUAAGAGUUUUUUUAAAUGUAUAAGGAGUAAAAGACACACGGGUUGAUAUAGGACCAAUCGAUAAUGGUGCAGGAGAGAUUAUAAUGGAUGAUAGAAAGAGACGGCAGAAGAACUAAGUGAGUAUUUUGCAUCGGUCUUCACUGUGGAGGACAUCAGCAAUAUACCAGUUAGUCAGGGGUCUCACAGAAUGGAACUGAGUUCAGUUAAGAUUACUAGAGAGAAGGUGCUAGGAAAACUAAAUGGGCUAAAGACUGAUAAGUCUCCCGGACCGGAUGAGGUGCAUCCCCGGGUUCUGAAGGAGGUGGCUUUAGAGAUAGCGGAGGCAUUGGUGAUAAUUUUCCAGGAAUCAAUAGACUCCGGCAUAGUUCCGGAGGACUGGAGGGUCGCAAAUGUAGUUCCGCUGUAUAAGAAAGUUGGGAGGCAACAUAAAGGAAAUUACAGACCUAUUAGUCUGACAUCAGUGGUGGGAAAGUUAUUGGAAUCGAUCCUCAAGGAUGGGGUUAUGGAAUACCUAGAGGUGCAAGGCAAGAUAGGUCCUAGCCAACAUGGUUUCGUGAAGGGAAGAUCCUGCCUGACCAACCUAUUGGAGUUUUUUGAAGAAAUCACAGGUAGGGUGGAUAAGGGAGAGGCAGUAGAUGUUGUGUAUUUAGACUUUCAAAAGGCCUUCGACAAGGUGCCGCAUAAGAGACUGAUUAAUAUGAUGAAAGGUCAUGGAAUUACAGGUAGGAUAACAGAAUGGGUGGAGCAUUGGCUGGUUGGCAGGAAGCAAAGGGUUGGAAUAAAAGGAUCUUGUUCUGGUUGGCUACCGGUUACCAGUGGUGUUCCGCAGGGGAGUAAGUGGUUUUGUGGCUAAGUUUGCAGAUGACACCAAGAUAGGUGGAGGAGUAGAGAGUAUUGAGGAGACAGGAAGGUUGCAGAGAGACCUAGAUAGUUUAGGAGAAUGGGCAAGGAAAUGGCAGAUGAGAUUCAAUGUUGAAAAAUGUGCAGUUGUUCACUUUGGAAACAGAAAUAAACGGGCAGAUUACUAUCUAGAAGGAGAGAAAAUUCAAAGUACAGAAGUACAAAGGGACUUGGGGGUACUCGUGCAGGAUACCUUAAAGGUUAACCACCAGGUCAGAUCGGUGGUAAAGAAAGCGAAUGCUAUGUUGGCAUUCAUUUCUAGAGGUAUAGUGUAUAAAAGUAAGGAAGUGCUGACAAGGCUCUACGGGGCACUAGUGAGGCCUCAUUUGGAAUACUGUGCACAGUUUUGGGCCCCAUAUCUUAGGAAAGAUGUGUUGAUGUUGGAGAGGGUUCAGAGGAGAUUUACGAGGAUGAUUCCCAGAAUGAAAGGGCUUACGUAUGAUGAGCGUUUGUCGGGUCUUGGACUGUACUCACUGGAGUACAGAAGAAUGAGAGGGGACCUCGGACAUUUAAAAUGUUGAAAGGACUGGACAGAGUAGAUGUGGUCAAGCUGUUUCCCUUGGUGGGUGAGUCCAUGACCAGAGGGCACAAUCUUAGUAUUAGAGGGUACAGGUUUAAAACAGAUGAGGAGAAAUUUCUUUAGCCAGAGGGUGGUGAAUUUGUGGAAGUCCUUGCCAUGUACAGCAGUGGAGGCCAGAUCAUUGGAGGUGUUUAAGGAAGAGAUAGAUAUCUAAAUAGUCGGGGUAUCAAGGGAUAUGGGGAUAAGGCCGGAAAUUGGGGUUAGGUUUUUUUUUUGCCACCCCCCCCCCAAUUUCUCCUUUUCUUUUUUUCCUUUUCUUUGGAGCAGACUCGAUGGGCCGAAUGGCCUACUUCUGCUCCCUUGUCUUGUGAUCUUCACAAACAGCAGGACAAAUCCAUUCUGGCUGAUUACCACCCAAUCAAUUUACUCUCAAUCAUUGACAAAGUAAAGUUCCAGAGCAAUUGAACAUCACAACUCUCUAACUUACUCAUCAAUGCCCCAUUUGGGUCUUGCUAUGGCCCGAGACCUCAUUAUAUUCUCGAGCCAAACAUGAACCAAAGAGCUUAAUAGCAGAGGUAAGGUAAGAGUAACUGCCCUGGAUGACAAGGCAACAUUUGACCAAGUGCAAUGUCAAGGAACCCUGGUAAAACUGAAGUCAAUCUCUGUUAAAGAAGGAAAAACAGGCCAGUUGUUAGAAUCAUACCUUACACAAAAGAAGAUAAUUUGGUUGGAGACCAAUUAUUCCAUCCCUGGGAUAUACCUGCUGGAGUUUCUCCAAGCAGUGCCCUAAGGAAAAAAACUACUUCACUUGCUUCAUUACUGACCUUUCUAGCAUUGUAAGGUCAGAAGUGGAGCUGGUUACUGAUGCUUAUGCAAUGUCCAAUUCCAUUUGCAAUUCCUUAGCAAAUAAAACAAAACCUAGACAGUGUACAGGCCGGAAUGGAUAAAUGGCUAGAUCCAGAAUUAGCCCCUGUUCUUGUGCUUGCUUCAUUCUGGAGAAGAAAGUUCUCUGAUAUACGUCAGGAAUUCAGCAUUCUCAGUAUCUUUUACAUUGAUUGUAUCCCAUUUGUAUUAGGGUAAUUGAAAUCCCCCUGCUAAUUUGCACUUCUGUAUCCUCAGACUAUUUGGUGAACUUUGGUACAUUCUCAGUUUCAACAUUGCUUUUUUUGUUCUAUGCAGGAUCAUUAAAUAAGGCUAACAUUAUCAUUCUUUCUCACAGCUGUAAUUGUGGCUUUAACCAAUUUUGCCAAUUCUUCCUCUCUUUUUUAAAAAUCUCCUUAUCUCACCUGAGAACCCUGUAAUCAAGAAUAUGAAACUACCAUUCCUGCCUCUCUUUAAGCCAACUUUUCAGUAAUAGCUAAAAUAUUACACUCCCAUGUGUUUGUCUGUGUCCUGAGCUGGGGUUUCGAUCCUCUUGCCAAGCGAAAUGCACUAGCAAACCUGCCCGUGAGGAUAUUGGUCCCAGUCCUGCUGAUGUACAACCCAUUCGGGCCACCCUCCCCAGAAUAGUCCUAAUCCCCCAGGAGUCUAAAAACCCUCUGCCCACUUUUCCUCUUUUCCCCCCGCCCCCCCCCCCCCCCCCCCCCCCCCCAGCCACUCAUUUGCACCAUCCUCCUCUUUUGUUCUCGCUGAUAAGUGGUACUGGAAGUAAUCAGAGAUGGUUACCUUUUUAAGGUGCUGUUUCUUCAUCCAUUUACUUAGCCUGUAGGACUGAACCUUUUCUCUAGCUCUGCUGUUGGUACUGGUAAGGACAGUGUCCUCUGCCUGUUCACCCUCUUCCCCUCCCCCCCCCCCCCCAAUAAUGUUCUGUAGGUCACUGUGAUAUCCUUGACCUUGGUACCAGGGAUACAACAUGCCAUCUGGGAGUUGUCUGUGAGCAUAGAAACACUUGGCCCUUCUGACUGUGGAAUUCCCUAUAGCUAUCAGUCUUGUGACCUUUUAAAUCCCUCCUGGAUCUGAGGCACAAAUGAUUCGACUGAUAUUGGACUUUAUAUGGUUAAUUUUAAUUAAUAGUCCACGGAAUAUUUUCAAAUUUAUAAACUGAAUAACUAAAGUUAGUAAUAUUUGUUUCACAAUUUUUAUUAAGUUUUAUACAUCGUCUUUUUUAAUGUUUGCUUCAUAAAUCUAGACACUGUAUUUUCUUAUUCUUCAGCAUUUGUGUACCCUUUGUAAUAAUAAUUUUCAUUGUCUGCCAUUUUUGUUUUAAUUUUUGGUUAGAUCAGGUUGUUAGCCUAUGGAAUGGUGUGAUAUUCUUGUUUUAUUUUCCUUCUUGCUGUUUCAUUAUGCCAAGUGUAUUUGAUCUUUUUAAAGAAAAAACAAUCUGUGUUUGUCCCAUUGUCAGCUAAAGAUUACUGCAGCUAGUUAAUGCUACUGCCUCACAGCUUCAGAGACCCAGGUUCAAUCCUGACCUUGUGCUUCCCGUGUGGAGUUUGCACAUUCUCUCCGUCACAAUGUGAAUUUCAUCCUGGCCCUCUAGCUUCCUCCCACAUCCGAAAGAGGUGCUGGUAGGUUAAUUGGUCACUGCAUAUUAUUCCUUUGUAGUCAGUGGCUAAAGAGGAAUCAAAGGGGUGUUGAUGGGCAUGUAUGACAGAAUAUGUUGCAGGGGUACAGGGAAAUAAGGAGAGGGGAAGUGGCACUAAUGGGAUUGCUCUCUUGGGAGCUAGCAUGGACCCAAUGGGCCAAAUUGCCGCCUCCUGUAUUGAUAUAAGAAUAAGAUUCUUUCUCCUAACACUAUUUGGUUUCAUUGCCUUAUGUUUAGCUUCCUGUGUUAGGUAAUGCACCAAAGUUCUAUAAGGGCAUUGUUCCUUUAAUUCUAGUAAACUACUUUAAAACAUAGGCCUUUUAUUGUACAACUGAAUGUGUUAGUUCAGGUGAAGAUACAAGAACGUAAGAAGCAGGAGUAGGCUUGUCAUUUCCCACCACACCCCCCGCCCCUCAGCCUGCUCUGCUGUUCAAUAAGAUCAUGGCUAAUACAGCCUUAACCUAAACACCACUUCCCUCUCUCUCCAUACUCCUUGACUCAUUUGUAGUUUAAAUGGCUGUCAUUCUCUGUUUUGAAUAUAUUAAGUGACUCCACCUCCACAACUCUGAGGUUAAGAAUUUCAAAGAUUUACACCGCUCUGAAAUAAGAAAUUCCCCUUCAUCUCCAUCUGAAAUGGGUGAACCCUUAUUAUGAAACUAGUUUAUAGAUACCUCCCCCACUUAAGAAUUACUUAGCUUGCCAUUUGUCAUUUAAUAGAAAUUUGGAUAAAAUAAUGGAUGGAAAUGCCAAAAUGUAAAUCCAGACAUCCACAGGUUUGAAAUUUCUCUGAAUGCAACUCAAUUUUUUACUGCCCUUGAAGAGGAUUUGUAUGAUUAAGGCAUUGUGUCAAAUCUUAAAUAUGGUAUCAUUCCUUGUUAAAUCUUGUUAUUUUAUGUGAGCCUUAACUUGUCAUACCUAUUUCAGAAAUAAGGUUAAAAAUUGUUCCUUUGUCAAAUUGUUUAAUGUACAGAAUAGUUCUAUUAUUGAUGGUUUCUAAAGCAAAUUAAAUGAUGUUAUUUGGAAA